GGGCGCGCACCUGCUCCGGACGGUUAGGCUUCAUGCUGUCAGGGAACCCGUGGGGUGGCGGGAACAUUGUUUUUCAUGUUCUAUGGCAGCUCCCACCUGAGACUGCGCCAGGGCGGGUUCUGGGAAGUGAUCAGCGAUGAGCAUGGAAUUGACCCAACUGGAAGCUACCAAGGGGACAGUGACCUGCAGCUGGAGAGAAUCAAUGUCUAUUACAAUGAGGCAACAGGUGGCAAGUAUGUUCCCCGUGCUGUGCUGGUUGAUCUUGAACCUGGGACCAUGGACUCUGUGCGCUCAGGGCCAUUUGGGCAGAUAUUCAGGCCUGACAACUUUGUAUUUGGUCAAAGCGGUGCUGGAAACAACUGGGCCAAGGGCCACUACACAGAGGGAGCAGAACUGGUUGACUCUGUGUUGGAUGUUGUAAGGAAAGAAGCAGAAAGCUGUGACUGUCUUCAGGGCUUUCAGUUGACUCACUCUUUGGGGGGUGGUACUGGCUCUGGAAUGGGUACCCUGCUCAUCAGCAAAAUUAGGGAAGAGUACCCAGACAGAAUCAUGAACACUUUUAGUGUGGUGCCCUCCCCUAAAGUGUCUGACACAGUAGUAGAGCCAUACAAUGCCACCCUGUCGGUGCACCAGCUUGUAGAGAACACAGAUGAGACCUACUGUAUAGAUAAUGAGGCCCUCUAUGAUAUCUGCUUCAGAACCCUAAAACUCACCACACCCACCUAUGGGGACCUGAACCACUUGGUCUCAGCCACCAUGAGUGGGGUAACAACCUGCCUGCGAUUCCCUGGCCAGCUCAAUGCUGACCUGCGCAAACUGGCUGUCAACAUGGUCCCAUUCCCCCGUCUGCACUUUUUCAUGCCUGGCUUUGCUCCACUUACCAGCAGAGGUAGCCAACAGUACCGUGCCUUAACCGUGCCAGAGCUGACCCAGCAGAUGUUCGAUGCCAAGAACAUGAUGGCUGCCUGUGACCCCCGCCAUGGCCGCUAUCUGACUGUGGCUGCUGUGUUCAGGGGCCGCAUGUCCAUGAAAGAAGUGGAUGAACAGAUGUUGAAUGUGCAGAACAAGAACAGCAGUUACUUUGUGGAAUGGAUCCCCAACAACGUUAAGACUGCUGUCUGUGACAUACCACCCAGAGGCCUGAAAAUGUCUGCGACCUUCAUUGGUAACAGCACAGCCAUCCAGGAACUGUUCAAGCGCAUUUCUGAACAGUUCACUGCCAUGUUCCGCAGAAAGGCCUUCUUGCACUGGUACACAGGCGAGGGCAUGGAUGAGAUGGAAUUCACAGAGGCUGAGAGCAACAUGAAUGACCUGGUGUCUGAGUACCAACAGUACCAGGAUGCCACUGCUGAGGAGGAGGGCGAGUUUGAGGAAGGGGAAGAGGAGGAAAAUGCAUAAAAGCUCUUGAUCACUUGUAAAUUAUUCAUCUUUCUGCUCAUGUUCGUUUAAGUUUAUUUGUUACUUGCAUUCACUUAUCUCCAAUUUCAAUGUUACCAGUUGUACAGAACGUUCUCUUCAUUAAAAGCAUUUUUCAUA